GCCGCCGCGGACUCCGGUGGCUCCGGCCUCCCCGCGCCGCCGCCGCCGCCGCCGCGCCCGCCCCGCGCCCUCGGACCGCGCCGCCCGGGCCGCGGCCUCGCCCGCGGAUGGCGCAUUCGCCGGCCGCCGCGCCGGGCGCGCAGGAGCCGGGCUGCCCCAUCCGCGUAGAGCACGACCGCCGGCGCCGCCAGUUCACCGUCCGCCUCAACGGAUGCCAUGAUCGGGCCGUCCUGCUCUACGAGUACGUGGGCAAGCGGAUUGUGGACCUGCAGCACACCGAGGUCCCCGAUGCCUACCGUGGGCGUGGCAUCGCCAAGCACCUCGCCAAGGCCGCCCUGGACUUCGUGGUGGAGGAGGACCUGAGGGCGCACCUCACGUGCUGGUACAUCCAGAAGUACGUCAAGGAGAACCCGCUGCCGCAGUACCUGGAGCGCCUGCAGCCGUGACCCCGGCCGGGGGCGAGC